CAUGCGCAAACAGACUGUUUACUAGAUCCGAUGCAACGUGGUAGAGGUAUAUAUUCAUUGAUUGUGGCUUCAGUUCACAGAACUCGGCGGAUUGAAGUUACCUGUCGACAUUUAAUACCACAGGCGACCAGAAUGGCAUCAAUACAGUCUUAUUCGGUUGAGCAACGUGGACAAUCUAAUAGUUUGAAUGAAAGAUUGUUUUUCAAGGAUCAAAAUGGUAAAUUUAUAUCUCCAUGGCAUGAUAUUCCAUUAAGAGUUCCAGGAACUGAUAAUGUCUUUAAUAUGGUUGUUGAAAUUCCAAGAUGGACGAAUGCAAAAAUGGAGGUCUGUAAAGAAGAAAGUCUUAACCCUAUAAAACAAGAUGUUAAAAAGGGUAAAUUGAGAUUUGUCAAGAAUUGUUUUCCACAUCAUGGUUAUAUUUGGAAUUAUGGUGCUCUUCCACAGACAUUUGAGGAUCCAGCACAUUUAACAGAAUCGGAUCAAGGUAGAACUAAAGGUGAUCAAGAUCCACUUGAUGUUUGUGAGAUAGGUAGUAAGGUUCAUGCUAGAGCUGCUGUUAUUCAAGUCAAAGUAUUAGGUGUUAUGUUAUUAGUUGAUGAAGGCGAAACAGAUUGGAAGGUAAUAGCUAUAGAUGUAACCGAUCCAAAAGCAGAAUCUUUAAAUGAUAUUGAUGAUGUUAAAAAAGAAUUCCCUGGGUUACUACCGGCAACUUAUGAAUGGUUUAAAUUUUAUAAAGUACCUGAUGGUAAACCAGUUAAUACAUUUGCUUGGAAUGGUGAAGCAAAGAAUAAGGCAAAGGCUUUAGAGGAAAUAAAUCUUGCCAAUGUGCAGUGGACUAAACUUAUACAAGAAGCUAAUUCAUAUGGGUUUAAAUGUGAAAAUACUAAAACGCCUGGCAGUAACAUGAUUGAUGGAGAUGAAGCUAGAAAAAUAGUUGAAGAGACACCUGUUGCUUCACAAGGAGAUCCUGUUAGUUCAGAUGUUGAUGCUGUAUAUUAUGUAAUACCAUCAGAGGAAGCAUAGUGAUAGAAAUACCUAGAUAUAUAAAUCUUUUCAUUUAAAUCAUCUCAUGACAUCAUUUUAUAUAGCCGGUUGUGUUACAGUGGACAGAUAUUUUAUAAUAAUUUAAAGAUCUAUCUAUUAGCUUACUGAACAAAUAAUUGAAAUACUGAAACCUGGUUGUAUCUAAUAUUUAGAUGAAGCCAAAAUUGAGCUUACUAAUCCACUACAUACUGCAUCUCCUUUUUGAGGCCUAUAAAUUAAUUGCAAGUAAAUGGAUUGAUGUUUACGUCUUUGGAAAAGGGUUUUCGAUUUUCAAAUUUGAAGCAAUGUAUUUAAUUAAUAGAGGGAAGAACUAUCUUCCACAGCAUAUCUAACUUGGAUUAUAUAUUUUUUUAUUUAAAAGUUUUUGAUGCUUUUCUGUAGCAAGUAAAUAAGAAAAGAUAUCAAUGUAAAUAUAGAGGAUAUUUAUUUAUGUUUAAAGUUACUUUCCCACAUACAAACUGUGUGAUUCGAUGAUAUAUUUGGACUAGAAACAUAUUCAAACUAAUUAAUCUAUCAAAAAUUUGCUUCAAAUCCCUCGCAAAACUUAUGCCUGUCACCUCAAUUUAUUGUGAGAGGAUCCAUUUUUCAGAAUGUAUUUUUCGUUACUUACUGUCCAUUUAUCAUACAUAUUUAGAAUUUAGGCCCAAGUAAUUUCUUAGUUAUUCUCUGUCUACUUCUUUUUCCGCCCUUUAAUUGCAGAGUCUUUUGUAUGUCGACACCCCUCAAUGUUCCCCAAACCGCCUAACCAUCUGAUCAAGAAAUAACCGCUCCCUCAGUCAAGCUAGCACACAAUAAGCUGUCGGACAAGCCGUCAGGUUACCAGUUAAUAACCCUGACAAUUUUGCCCAGGUAAUCCAUUAUCUUUCUAGUAAGAUUGGGUGACUAUACUUUCCAUAUAUACAUGUACCAAAUUUGCUAUACUUUUAUUGGAAAAAACCACCCGGUAAAUAAUGUUGUUUGUUAUAGACUAACAAUUUUUCAAGUUUUAGAAAAAUCCCUUUCAUUCCAUUCUUUAAUAUCUUCAUAUUUACAAUUGGCUAGACAACAGAAAGUUGUAAUAUAAAUUCCUGUAACCUUUUGAUUGUUAAAUAAAAGAAAUCUUUAGUGAUGCUAGGUGCCAGUAGCCAGUAAUUUACAUAUUUUGACAAUGUUAUAUUAUUAGUUAUUUCAACUUAUAAUAAUGCUUUAGAUGUACCUGAUUCAUCUGUAAUUGUUAAUGUAAAAAAUCAUGGAAAUAAAACUUUUUAAAUAUU